CUAUGUUUAAACUUAACCUUAACAUCUUGGAGAACAGAAAAUGGCACGUAGCAAAGUCAGUGAUUUUAACAAUGGAUCUUCCGAGUUAGGCUGAGGACCUCAAGACUUAAGGUUAAUCUUGAAUUACAGGAUGAUAUUGUUGUUGUACAAUAAAGUCCUGAUUUUAAUCAAACUUUCAAGUUUUACACAAUGCAGAUAUCUUGCUCACCUUUGAGUCGAAAAACCCUGGGUCCAACUUUAAACACCACAAUCCAGGCAAUAUUCCAACACAGCACAGAAGGAAUAGGGGCACUGUUGGACAUGCCAUCGUUUCAGAUGAGAUGUUAAAACAAGGCACAAUCUACUCCCAGAUGGACACAAAAGAUUCCAAGGCACUAUUCUGAAAUGCAGGAUGCAAGGGGGAGACCCGAGUGAUUCUUUUGGAAGUUUAUUGUGUGCAAAUUAACACCCAUAGUUUCUCCAUUACAACAGUAACACCAGUUUAAAAGCAUUUAAGCAGCUGUUACGUUCAGCUGGACAUCUGAAAAGGAAUACAGGGUGCGCUGAAAGUAAUGUAAAUAUCUUUAGUCUUUCUUUGCAGAUAUACCAAUUUGUACAAACCAUCUCGGUAGAACUGUUAAAUGUGCAGGCUGGUCUCUGCUCUCAACUUUCAUUUUAACAAUUGCUCCAGUGACUUCAAUCUCACUUAAAGUCAACAUAUGCACAAGGGUUUGAUUAGCGUACCGAGUCGUAUGAUCCUAUGACAAACAAUUCAUCACUCAGAUUCGAUUUAACCAUAAAACAUUUACAGAAUUAGAAUUGGACAUUAACUAUUAAAAAAAAAUCCCCUAUAGCCAAGCUAACACAAUUGCUACAAAGUAGCAAACUAGAAGUCAGUGAGUUUGCAAACUCAUUGAAUAAAUGCAAGCAAAGCUGCAGAGAAUUCAAAACUCUAGCUAAGCCUAUCUUGUUUACUUAUGAUCGUGUUUCCCAUUCAUACAAACAUGACAUUUUAUUUGCACGAGGAAACAAUAUCCUCUGAUCCAGCUGAUUAGGACCACAUUUAUGAUCAUAUCUACAUGUUUUUGCCUUCUUCUAUUCAUUCAUGUUCAUCUUAAGUUAAAUGUAAAAUUUUCCGAAUCGACAUAGUGCAAAAUCUGCAGGGAUUAUUUCAGCAGUGCUGACUUUUUGUUGGAAAAUUUUGCAAACAAUCACACCAUUAGAUUUUGUUGAUAUGCGAUUUGAAGCCUAGAAUGGAAACAAACUGAAGCUCCCGUCCAUGUGUUCACGCAUACGUGACCGCAUACAGAACUUUAAAUCAGGCUGAAUUUUCACAUCUCUGUCCACAGUACAAGUCUCAUCUGUGAAAAGAAUCACAUGCAGUGAAACCACAAACCCCCAAGCUGGAAUGGAGAGGGUGAAAUAAUUAUCCUGUUAUCCUGUCAAUUACACCUGGAUGACCGCUUUGCAGUUUAUGAAAAUCUUCAAACAGGAUUUUAAAAAUGCAAUCACAAAACAGCAGCAUGUUUGAGCAUCAGCCUCUCGAGUUCAGAAUUGGUGCAAUUACCUUCUACGUUAUCAUUUUCACAAUUGGACUGGUUGUAAAUGCCACUGCAAUUUGGGUCUUCAGCUGCACCACUAAGAAAGGCACAUCUGUGAACAUAUACAUGACAAAUGUCGCUCUGUUGGACCUCAUGUUUAUAAUGCUGCUGCCUUUCCACCUGAUUUAUUAUGGGAAGAAUUACUGGCCCUUUGGUGAUAUCUUCUGCCGCAUCAAUGCCACCGUCACUAUAUUUUACCCGAGCAUUGCUCUGUGGCUUUUGGCUUUCAUCAGCGUUGACCGCUACACGGCAGUGGUGCAACCCAAACACAGCAAGGAACUUCGUAACACUGGUAAAGCUAUUGCCAGCUGUGUAGGAAUCUGGGUAAUGACAAUUGUGUCUGUUCUUCCCUUCAUGUUUUCCAAGAACGACCCAGACAGGGCUUCUAAUUUUACAACCUGUUUCAAAAUGCUCGACAUCAUGCACUUGAAGGAAGUCAACAGUCUGAACUUCAUCCGAGUGACAUUGUUUUUUCUUCUGCCUCUCUUCAUUAUGAUAGGAUGCUACUGCAUUAUCAUCAAAAGCCUAAUAAAAGGAAAAACUUCCAAACUGAAGCCAAAAACGAAGGAAAAAUCUAUUAAAAUAAUUGUGACCCUCAUCGUUCAGGUGCUUGUCUGUUUUGUCCCAUAUCACAUAUGUUCCAUUUUCUUACUAUUACAAUCUGGACGUAGUAAUUUCAACGCCUGGGCUGCCUUUACAACCUUCUUGAUGAACCUCAGCACAUGUCUCGACAUGAUCCUGUACUACAUAGUGUCAAAGCACUUUCAGGCCAGAGUCAUCAGCGUCAUCUACUAUAGGAACUACCUGAGGAGCGUACGAAGGAAAAGCUUCAGACAUGGGAGUUUCCAUUCACUGAGCAACGUCAACAUUAGCAACAUGUAAAUUAUGAAAUAAGGACCAAGUAAUUGAGUUUUAUCUUGUUUCAGUUCCUCCGAGUAUUUUACAAACUGAAAGUACCUUUGAAGAAAGAGACCUUUCAUUUUGUGUGUAAAUGCAGUAAAUGAAAUGUCAUUGCGCCAGAAUGGUCAGUUGAUUUGUUUAUAAUGUUGCUAAUGGAAGGAAGAAUGAUGAUCAGAAAACCAUGCAAAUAUAAUUCUAUGAUGAAACUGCUCUCAAAUUGAUUCUUAAUAAAUGCUUAUCCUUGAAUAUUUAGUAAUGAAAUCACACCUCUUUGUAAUUUAACAACUUUGUCAUUCCUAUUACUAGAUCAUCACAUCAAAAGAUGUAGAAGCCGAAUAUAUGAAAGAAUUUUGGGUAUGUAGUGUAAACUGUCCAAAGUAGUAAUAGAUGUGGGUACAAUUACGAUGUUUAGAAAACAUUUGGACAGAUAUGCUGUUAGGAAAGAUUUAGAGAGAUGUGGGUCAAAUUCGCACGGAGAAUGGUGAAUCUCUGGAAUUCUCUGCCACAGAAGGUAGUUGAGGCCAGUUCAUUGGCUAUAUUUAAGAGGGAGUUAGAUGUGGCCCUUGUGGCAAAAGGUAUCAGGGGGUAUGGAGAAGGCAGGUACAGGAUACUUAGUUGGAUGAUCAGCCAUGAUCAUAUUGAAUGGCGGUGCAGGCUCGAAGGACCGAAUGGUCUACUCCUGCACCUAUUUUCUAUGUUUCUAUGUUUCAAAUGCAGGCAAAUUGAAUUAAUUCAGAUAGACAGCUAGGUCAGCAUGGAUAGUAUUGUAUUGUAUUGUAUUGUAUAUCUUUAUUGUCAUUUCCUGAGUAUUCGCAUACCCAGAGGAAACAAAAAAACGUUGCUCAACCAGUGUCCAUUCAGUGUACAUGAAAAAAUAAAUAGAAAUAAAAAAAAAAAUACAUGUCAUGAACAAAUUUAACACUCUACUAAACAUUCAACAGCCGUUCCGACCGGCAGCGGCACAACAGUGGCUCUGCUGCAGUGUGGGGGUUUGUGCGCGAUACUUGGCAGGGGGCAAAGUCCAUUUAACAGUCUUAUAGCCUGUGGGAAGAAGCUGAGGAGCAUCCUGCUGGUUUUGCAGCUAAUGCUCCUGUACCUCUUCCCCGAUGGGAGGAUGGAGAAAAAGUCAUGCGAUGGGUGGUAAGGGUCUUUGAUGAUGGAGAUGGCUCUGUUGAUACAUCUCUUCCUGUAUAUGUCCAGCAGGAAGGGGAGCACCAAUAAUCCUGCUUGCGGUCUUCACUAUCCUGUCCAGUUGGUGCCGUUCGUACGCCUUGCAGCUCCCGAACCAGGAAGUGAUGCCGUAUGUCAGUGUGCUCUCGACAGUCCCCCUAUAAAAAGUCCGUAAGUGUGUGGUGGGGAGGCCUGCUUUACGUAGUCUUCGGAGAGGGUGAAGUCGCUGCUGGGCUCUCUUGACCAGAGCUGUGGUGUUGGCCGUGGACGUCAGGUCAUCAGACAGAUGUAGUCCUAAGAACUUCAUGCUGCUGACCCUUUCCACAUCAGCUCCGUCGAUGUGCAGAGGUGUAUGGUGUUGUUUCCCCGCCCUCCUGAAGUCAACCACCAUCUCCUUAGUUUUUCCCACGUUAAGAAUGAGGUUGUGGGAUUUGCACCAACCUGUGAGCAGCUCCACCUCCAUCCUGUACGCCGAUUCAUCAUUGUCACUGAUGAGACCCACCACUGUUGUGUCAUCAGCGAACUUGUUGAUGAAGUUGUUAUUGAGUCUGGCAGUACAGUCGUGUGUCAGCAGACUAAACAGAAGGGGGCUUAGGACACAGCCUUGCGGUGAGCCCGUGCUCACGGCUAUGGUUUUUGAUGUCCUACUGCCCACCCUGACUGUCUGCUGCCGUUGCGACAGAAAGUUCAGGACCCAGUUGCAUGUGCCAGCAUCAACCCCCAAUAGCUCCAACUUCUCCACCAGCUGCUGCGGAAUGAUUGUAUUGAAAGCAGAGCUGAAGUCUAUGAAGAGGAUCCUGGCAUAGGUAUUUUUCUGAUCGAGAUGUGACAAUACGAGGUUCAGUGUUGUUGAGACUGCGUCCUCUGUGGAUCGGUUGGCUCUGUAGGCGAACUGCAGUGGGUCUAGGUCGGCAGGUAGACUAUUUUUGAUGUGCUGCAUAACUAGUCGCUCAAAACACUUCAUUACAAUGGGUGUUAGGGCCACUGGUCGAAAGUCAUUAUGGCAGGCUGGGUUUGGUUUCUGAUACCUUUUGCCUGAUACCUUUUGCCACAAGGGUAGUAGGGCCAAAGUGCCUGAUUCCAUUCUGUAUAACUAUAACUAUUCUGUACUGUUCCCAUCUUGAGUAAAUAGGAUAUAUGUCUUGUUAGAGUAAGGCAUUGUAUAGAAUCUAGGAUUCUCCACCACAAAUAUUCAAUUACAGUAUUGAGUUCAUUCUGGACCGAGAUCCAUAGACUUUUAGACACUGGGAAAAUUGUAUACAGGAAUGUGGACUAAAUACAACAUCAGCCAUAAUCUUAUUGAACAGCACAGCAAACUCAAUUGGCCAUUUGACUUCCAAUAAUGUUUAACUUUGAAACAACAAUGUAAAGAAAGCAGCAAUUUAAACCAAUUGACAAGUUCUAGGGAUAAUUAAUUUACUAACACCACAUGAACUGGUUUUCCCCGUUAUUCUGCUCAUAACAACCUCCAUCAGAUGGAUAGUCAAUCUGAAACAUUAAUUUUGUUUCACUUUCCUUAGAUGUUCUCUGACCUACGGAUUGGCAGCACUUUCUAUUUGUUAAACACGAGUCCCCUUUCAAAAAUUCAAGGUUGACUUCCGAGUGCCGAGUUACCACUAAUAAAUAGAUUCAAGCAUUUUUCCUGCUUACAUCAGGUUAACUGAUCAAUAGCUCUCAGUUUUCUCUCCUUCUUUCUGAUAUAGCGGGUUUACAUUUGUACCAUUUAAUGUGUGCACACGGUUUGAGAAUCUAUGGAAAGAUGACAAACAUCCAUCCAUUAUCCCAACAUCCACCUCUCUCAAAACCUUGGUCUACGGGUUAUCAGGUUUUGUAGCUAAAUGGAUUUGCAGUUUCCAAUACAA